GAUGAUUUUUACAAUCACAGGGGAAUUCUGUGCCACUCCCAAAUCGGACUUUGGACUUUGUUGCUUUAUAAUCUCCGAGAGUCGUCAGUAUUUGAACCAAUUUCAAAGAGACUCUGCUGCCGAUUUUUGUUGACUUUUUUGUGGCGCGAUUAAAAAGCGCUAUUUACUUAUUUUGCUGUACUUCCGGACCCUAAGACACUCCCCAGGGUCCACGUUCGAUUUUACAGAAAUCUGUUUCAUUUUUUUUUUUCCUAAAACGCGCAUACCUAACCAAUGCAAAUCAUUUUUUUUUUUUUUACAAAAUUCGUGGCAAAACGGCCGCUGGUGUAUUUCGUCACACGCGUAAGUUGGACUUUGAACUGUGUGACUUUUUAAUAUCCGUGUCUCGCACCACGACCCGGUUUCGGUCGUUUAACCGUUAUUAUUCGCAUCAAUGCGCUCGCGUUACGUUAUCACCUCAAUCCGUUGAUCAUAAUUGAAAAUUCACAUUGUUUUAACUCUAUUUUUUAUUUGUUAUAAGUUUAUUUGUAAUAAUAGCAUUUAUUAAAUUAAAUUUUUAAAUAAUGGUACACGCGUGUGUUUUGUGCCGCGCUAUCGUAGCUGACGGUGUCACUUUACACAAGUUUCCGAGAGAUGCCCAAAGGGCCAAUUUGUGGCUGUUGUUUGUCGCGACUUGCGGUCGCGAUCCGCUGGAUGUAAACGUCCGCAAUGCGGUUUUGUGCUCCCGGCAUUUCCUGGCAAGCGACUACGGCAAUAGUGUCGUGCGUAGGGUGCUUAUCCGGGACGCCGUACCGUCUGUCAAUGUCACGGAGCAACCCGAUGUUCAAAUUGUUUACUUGAUGGACGACGAUGUCGGAGAUGCUGGACCGUCCGGAGGAAAUGUCGUCGCUGGCGGUGUUGGUGCCAGUGAAAACGAUUUGGUUGAAGUGGUAGAAGUACCUGUCGAACCGUCGCCCGAAUAUGUCGACGUCGGAUUGGACGACCUUGCCGUCGUCGGAGUUCCAAACGAACCAGCCCUCGACGUCGCUCCGUCCGAAGACGAUCGACAGGGUGUUAAUCCGGAACGAGAGCAAGCCGGUGGUGUUGUCGAAGUGAUACCCGUGCAACCGGUCGAACUCACAGCUCACGUGCGAGACGUUUUACCGGAAGAGAAUUGCAUUGGCUCAAUGAAUUACGUUUGUGCGCACUGCAACGCACGGCAUUUCGCCGUGGAAAGGUUAAGUAUUAGUAACAAUGCGAGAUUUUAUUUUUCUUUGUGUUGUUCUAAUGGUUUGGUCGCCCUCGCGGACGACCAAGUAUUAUUGCCUGUUCCAGAUCAGUUGAAGGACCUGAUGCUCGGCGAUUCGGCACAAUCGCGAUCCUUUAGAGCGGAAAUUCGUCCUUACAACAGCGCGCUGGCGUUCGCUUCGUUCAUAGUGAACGACGCGCCAGCCGAUAGAGCGGCCGAGGCUCAGCCGGGCCGUUUGCCCGGCGGUGUGUUUACCGCGCACGGGCAGAUGUACCACAGGAUGAGCCGAGCGGCGAUACCCAACAGGAGGGGGGCAACGCCUCGCUACUGUCAGUUGUACUUCAUCAGCUCGACGGAGGCUACCGCGGCGCGGAUUGAAGCCAAUCGCAGCCGAGCCAAUCUGUUGGAGAGCGUGUUACGGCAACUCGACGAAAUGUUGAGGGCCAUCAACCCGUACGCUGAAGCGUUCAGGAAUAUGAACGAGGUGUGGGUCGACGAGACCCGACGACCGCCGGAAGAAGCACCGCGAAGAGUGACCAUGUUCUUCAUCGAAGACCGCAACAGCGACCCGAGGCGCUACAAUGCCUCGCGGGUCAACGAAGUUGCAGCGGUGUUCACCGGCGAGAACGGCUUGCCGCCGGCGCAAGUGGAUUUCGCGGUUUACGACCGCGCGACGGCCGGACCCGUGAUGCGCACGCUGUCGACGAGAUCGCCACACAUCGAUCCCAUGGUAUACCCGUUGUUCUUUUCGAACGGCGAAAGGGGAUGGAACCCACACAUGGGACAGACGGGCGCGCGGAGAACGACCAACAGGCAACGCGUGUCCAUCAGAGAGUUCAUGUGUUAUCGUCUGGCCGUCCGUUACGGGGGCAACAACGAUGUCGAUCAUAGCGAGUUCAGCCCGUUACACGCCGGUGGUUUUCUGUUUCAACAGCUCCUGUGCGAUUACUACGUGCGCAUGGAAUCGGAGCGGUUUGAAUACUACGAGGCGCACCAGUCGGACUUUUUCGUGGAGGCCUACCAAGGUCUGAUGGAUCACAUCAACGGGCAACACGACGUGACCAGGGACAACGACGUCGGGUCCCGCGUAAUUCUACCCGCUUCGCACACGGCCAGCGUGAGGUUCAUGAAAAAACGUUAUCACGACGCUAUGGCCUUGGUGCGGAUAUACGGCAAGCCCGAUCUGUUCAUCACUUUCACUUGCAACCCGAAGUGGAAAGAGAUCGCCGACAACCUGUCGGACAAGUUGACGUACAUCGACAGGGCCGAUUUGGUUUCGCGCGUGUUUCACGCCAAACUCAAAGCGCUGAUGGACGAUCUGACGCGCAAGAAUAUUUUCGGCCGCGUAGAGGCUUACGUCUACACGGUCGAGUUUCAGAAGCGCGGUCUACCGCAUGCGCACAUACUGCUCAUUCUCGAAGAGCGGUUUAAAAUACGUUCGGCCGAAGAAGUAGACCGAAUCGUGCGAGCGGACAUACCGGAUCCCGUUACACAGCCGGUGCUGCACCAUUUGGUUAAGGCCCACAUGUUGCACGGUCCGUGCGGUAUGUUUUUCAGAACGUCGCCGUGUUGGGAUCAAGAGAGAAACGUUUGUACCAAGCAAUACCCCAAACCGUAUUGCGAGGAAACGAUUUACCGCGCUGACGGCGGUUACCCCGAGUACAGGCGACCCGGCAACGGUCGUACCGUCGAAGUACGUCGGGCCACCCUGGACAGUCAGUGGGUGGUGCCUUACAAUCCUUAUCUGACGGCCAAAUACAACGCCCACAUCAAUGUGGAGGUGUGCUCUUCGGUGAAGAGCGUAAUGUAUCUGUACAAGUACGUGUACAAGGGCCACGACGCCGCCACGUUCGCGGUGUUCAACAACAACGAAAUACAGAGCUAUUUGAACACGAGAUACGUGAGUCCGCCAGAAGCGUUUUGGCGUUUGGCCAAGUUUGAAAUUCAAAAGCAGAGCCACACCGUAGUAAAACUACCGGUUCACCUUCAGGGCCGGGAACCGGUUUAUUUCCGACGGGGUGAGGUGCCGCCCGCGGUGCUCUUCGGCGCCGGGGUGCGCACGAUGCUCACGGAAUUCUUUCAACUGAACAGGAACGACGCCAACGCCAGGCGGUACCUGUAUCACGAAAUACCCAAUUAUUACGUGUGGGAUAGCAGGGAAAAGUCAUGGCGUUUACGCCAACGAGCCCAGACAUAUCCAACCAUCGCGAGAAUGUAUGCGGUCAGUCCUUGCGACAGAGAACGUUUUUACUUGAGGACGUUGUUGCUGUACCGCAGGGGACCGGCCGGUUUCGAGGACCUGAGAACGGUUGACGGUACGGUGUACCACACUUACGCCGAAGCCGCGACGGCUCUGGGCAUUUUGCGAGACGAUCACACGUGGAGGGCGUGUUUACGAGAAGCUUCCUUUCACGACACGCCGCAUCAGUUGAGAUGUUUGUUCGUCACGAUACUCUUGCAUUGCUCGCCCAACGACCCGCCGACACUGUACGACGAGUUUAAGGAUAAUCUGAUGGAAGAUUACUUCAGACGACACGCAGACCGCGACAGAUCCGAAGCCAUGUGUUUGGCUGCCGUGGAACGUCACCUGGCCGCUUCAAACAAGACGCUCACUGGUUACGGUUUACCCGAGCCGAAUCGAGCUCUGUUAGUACCGGACGAGCCGGCCGACAACGCGACGGCGGCAGACGUCGUCGAGUUGGUCGGUCUACUGAACGAACAACAGCGGACGAUAUACGACCGCGUCAUGUGGGCGGUCGGCGACACCAGGCGUUCAUUACCCAAGUUGUUCUACGUUUCCGGAGCCGGAGGUUGCGGCAAGACCUUCCUGUACAACUGUUUGAUUUCGUCUAUCCGGAGCCGCGGAGGGACCGUGAUUUCCGUGGCUUAUAUUGGAAUAGCCGCGUCGUUGAUCCAGGGAGGACAGACCGUCCACUCUACGUUCGGCGUGAGAGUGGCGCCGCACGAUCAAGAAGACCCGUCGUAUCUUGCAAUGCAAUCGAGGAAAGCGCAGACUCUGCGCGCCGCCUCACUGAUCGUUUGGGACGAGGCAUCCAUGUCGCCCACGUCGCAGCUGCGGGUCGCCGACAGGUUGCUCAGGGACGUCAUGAACGUGCCGGACACGCCUUUCGGCGGCAAACCCGUGCUGUUCGCCGGCGACUUCAGACAGACGUUGCCCAUCGUGAAGCGCGGUUCGCGGGCCCAAAUCGUUUCGGCCACCAUACGGCACGGUGUUUAUUGGGUCUCGAUGGAAAAAUACUCGCUUGAGCGCAACAUGCGCGCCGACGGCGACCGACCUUUCGCCGAUUGGCUGUUGCAGCUCGGUGCGGGCUCGCUCAACAACGGACUGGAAUACGUGACCAUUCCGGCCGGUGCGGUAAGCGAAUCUUUUGCAUCUCUUUUAGACUUUGUUUAUCCGCGGGCGAUGUCGUUGGACAACGUCCGCGAUUACGCUAAACAUAUUGUUUUGUGUGUUACAAACGACGAGUGCAAGAACAUCAACGAUCAGGUGCUCCGCAGUCGAGUCACGGGAUCGCAGAGGGUGUACACAGCCACCGACACCGUCGUGGCCGACGACGACGACGAAGCGGCCAAUUUCCUAGAGUUUCUCAACACUCUGGAAGCGGACAACUUGCCGCCGUACAGGUUGACUCUGAAGGUGGGCGCGAUCGUCAUGUUGCUGAAGAACCUGGACACGGCCAGACGGCUGUGCAACGGCACCAGACUGGUAAUUACUGAGCUCAGGCAACAUAAUUUUAAAGCUAAACUGUUGACAGAUCUCGACGCCGAGGAGAUAGUCGUUCCGAUCGUUCAGACGAGGACGUCCGGGGACGGCGACAUUCCGUGUCGCAUGUGUCGUUACCAGUUCCCCGUGAGGCUCUGCUACGCCAUGACAGUCAACAAGUCGCAGGGCCAGACGUUCGAUCGUGUCGGCCUGUCGUUGACGGUACAGCCGUUCGCCCACGGACAGCUGUACGUGGCGUUUUCGAGGGUGCGCAACCAGAAUUCCAUCAGGGUGUACACUUUGUCGGCCGUGGACGGGCCGUGCGUUGUGAAAAACGUCGUGUACAGGGAAGUAUUGGAAUAAACGAAAACUAUGGCGGCACUUUGCGUGUCGGCCGCGACGGGUCUUGACUGUGGCAUUUAUGCCUGUGUCCCCGUUGGCUCAAACUUGCGAUCGCCGUCCUUCAGUGACCAGAUC